UGCCACGCUCGGGCCGUCGUGAAUACUUAGCGGGAGUAUAAUUUCAGGUACACGUGUACACAUGGAGACACAUCCGCAUGACUAAUUGCAUCUAAGUGGCAUGCAUACAGACAGUUGGCACUUUAGUACUUCAUUUGAUUAGUCGGUGUGUUUACUAUUGCUUUCACGUGAUAGUCUCUAGUUCCUGUGCUGCAUUCUUUCUCUUCAACAAGGCAGUGGAAGGGCUGGCGUGAUGGUUGUGUUUACGAUUAUUGCAGUGAUUGUUGCCACACUGAUUGCCGCUAUUGGCGUACUGGCUCUUCUUCUUGCUAACAAGAGACGUCGCUGCUCUCAUCUUCCCGGUCCUCCGCUUGCGAGCUUCUGGUUGGGUCAUGUACCGAUUCUAGAGGAGAAACGGAAGGAAGGAGUAUUUCAUGAAGAUAUGUUACUCGAGUUUACCAAGAAAUACGGUCAUGUCUUCGUUCUCUGGUUCAUUCACAUCUACCUCGUCCACGUGUCCGACCCGACAGGAGCUCGUCAAAUUGUCAGAGACAGAACUGCCUUGAAACCUCCGUUUCUAUUUCUGCCUGCGCGGUUUCCAUUUGGCAAUAGAUUUCUUGGUUGCAUGCAAGAGAGUUUGAAUGAUUUGGACAAGUGGACGAGACGUCAUAAGAUUACAACGCCUUUCUACAGUAACAAAAACUUGCGUGACUCGUUGGCAGAGCCGUUUAACCAAAUAAUAGACAAGUUCAUAACCUACAUUGACCGGGCAGCUGAGAAAGGAGAAAUCGUUCGUAUGAAAGAGACCCUUCCUCUCCUAACAUCAGGAAUUAUGUGUAGCGUAUCCAUGGGUACAGAAUUAUCAAUGGAAGAAAUGAUACCUAUUAAUAUUGCAUUGCAUAAGGUUUUGGUCGGGGUUCUUGAACAGAUCACAAAUCCAUUGUGUGUGUACCUCCCAAUGAGAGACAUUCGAAAAAUGGUAAAAGAAAACUGCCAGUUUCUUCGAGAUUUAUUUUCAAAGUGGAUAGAAAAAAGGCAAAAAGCUAUCGGGGAAGGUGAGGAACACAGGAGUGACGUGUUGGGUAGAAUGCUGGAGGCAACAGCUACAAAUGGAGAAUACACCCUAGAUGAGAUUAUUGACACUGGCCUAGAGUACUGCCUUGCAUCCCAUAAGGCACCAUCCCUUACACUUUGUUUUGCUCUAAAAGAGAUCGUCAGCCAUCCAGAAGUCAAGAGACGUGUUGUGGAGGAAGUGGAUCGCGUCCUUGAAGGCAAGCAGUUUGUAUCACCAGCCGACCUUCCAUUCCUUCCUUAUCUCACUUGUGUCUUCAAAGAGACCACGAGACGACAUCCUUCAGUUACUGCAAUGAACCGAGCACUCACAUCUGACUUCACAGUUAAUGGACUUGUUAUACCUGCUGAUACGUGGGUUACUGUGAGUGUCUAUUGUUUACAUCUCAGCGAUGACCACUGGCCUGAUCCAUUGAAGUUUGAUCCUGACCGUUUUGCUUCUCUUGCCACUGAUGAGAGCAAUAUGCCAUUCCUCGGGUUUGGCAGUGGUCUUCGUAGCUGUAUUGGACGUUCAUUUUCAGAACAGGCACUAAGAAUGGCUUUGGCUCGUAUUUUCCAGACGUUCACCAUUGAGUUGGAGGAAGACAGCAGGAAAUGUAACAAGUAUGCAGACUACAAAGAUGGCGUCCUACUUCUCACCCCUGCAGACCCCAUCAAAUGCAAGGUGAAACGAAGACCAGAAAAGUAAAAACAAGUGAUACAGACUGAUCCAUAAAUGAGAAACUUUAGACUCUAGUUAGUGUCUUACAAGGGAUUACCAUAGUAUUUGAUUCAUCUAGUAGGUCUAAACUUACUAUACAUGAAGGGCUACUAGAGUUAGUCGUAUCGUAGUAACAGCCUUGAUGUUGUCCUAGAUUGUGAUGUUGAUGUUGUUAAGAUGUCUGCUCUUCAAAUUGAAA